CCAACGCCACUGGCCCAACAAAACGCUGCUGUAGCAGAGCCAGUCCGCACCGACCUGAGCAGAGCAGAUACACGGGAGAGAGCACGUACACACACGGGGAAUCUUUUUUGUUCGACCGAGUGGCUUUGAUUUGCAUAUCCACUUCCACUUCUUCCUCAUUUGCAUACAGCAAGAAUGGCGAGCGGGCAUCCCACAGACAAAUUCAGUUUCAUGUAUCAACCAGACACGCACAAGAGUAAGAACAGGUUAUCUUCAGCUAUGAAUCCAGUCUACAGCCCUGUGCAGCCUGGCACCCCAUAUGGAAACCCCAAGAACAUGGCUUUUACAGGCUAUCCAGGAGGGUAUCCUGCCACCGCCCCCACCUAUACACCCAACCUCUAUCAAACAGGCAGUCCUGGGUAUCCACCAGGAUAUACUCAAGCAGGCACCCCAUACAAAGUGCCACCCACUCAGUCAAAUGGAGCACCCCCUCCCUACACCCCAACCCCCACCCCAUACCCGACAGCUAUGUACCCCAUCCGCAGUGCCUACCCUCAGCAGAACAUAUACGCACAGGGAGCGUACUAUACCCAGCCAGUGUAUGCGGCUCAGCCACAUGUGAUCCAUCACACCACCGUGGUGCAGCCCAACAGCAUCCCCUCCACAGCCCUGUACCCUGCCCCCGUCCCUGUACCUGCUCCUCGCAACAACGGCAUGGCUGCCAUGGGAAUGGUAGCUGGGACAACCAUGGCUAUGAGUGCAGGGACCCUGCUGACAACGCCCCAGCAUCCCCCGAUUGGAGCACACCCAGUUACUGUGCCAACCUACAGGCCCCAAGGGACACCUGGGUACAGCUAUGUACCACCUCACUGGUAGAGCCCACCCAUCAUAUCUGGAGUCCACCAUCGUAUGCAACUGCUCAAAUCUUACACGGGCUCCCACUGGUAACCAUGGGAACUCGGCACCUGUCUGCAAGAACAAAACUAAAGUGCAACAGCCACUUUACUAUUAUUGUUAUUGUUAUUAUGCGACAUUCUCUAACGUUUUUACAAAAGCUGCUUUUAUUUUUUAUUUUUUCUCUCUUCAUUUGCCAACCAGUCAUUACUUUAUUUUGUAUGGUUUUUAUUUUAUUUUCUCAAUUUCUUUUGCUGUGUCUGUCAUUGGAACUCCAGAAGGACUCUUGACCAAUCACGGGUGUCGGUCGCUCCUGUUUCUGUGUUGUGCUGGUGUGUGUGCUCCUGCCUGCUGCUGCUCAGUUGGCUGGAAAAUAUUGGGCACUUAUUCCUCAUUAUCAUCUCCAUCAUUCACUACAAAGACUUACUGACUUAUGCUGCCAAAUUUUCUAACGACUAGAUAUCAGCACAAGGU